AUGGCAUCUCAGGACAAAAUUCUUAUCACGGCUGGACCGUAUCAGUUCCUGGCCGCCUUCGAGUCGGCGGCCCCUAAGACGGUAUCGGUGUUUCGAAAACUACUACCGUACCGGCAACAAGUCAUUCACGUCCGUUGGAGCGGCGAAGCGGUUUGGGUGCCGUUGGGGGACCAGGAUCUUGGCCUGCCAUUCGAGAACCACACGAGCCACCCCAGUGCCGGCCAGAUUCUUUUCUACCCCGGAGGCUAUUCUGAGACGGAGCUUCUCUUCUGCUACGGCGGUGUAUCGUUCGCGAGCAAGAUGGGUACCCUCUCUGCAAAUCACUUCCUGACAAUCACCGAAGGUGGUGAGAAUCUGAGACCGUUGGGCCAGCUAGUUCUUUGGCAAGGCGCACAAGAGGUUCUUUUCGAGCUAGCAGACGAGGAAAGAAUUGCCACAUUCAGGAGGGAACGACUGAACGGUCAAAAAAAUUCAAAACUCUCCAAGUUGUAG